AUGGGGAGAUCGUCGCCUCCAUUCAUUUACGAUCGUCAAUCGACCUACAGUUUCCAUGGACCCACCGAUCACGGCUUCAAUCCCAAGGCCGUGACGCAAGCGAGCCGGAUUCGCGCGCCGCCGAGGGAAAAGCCCAAUGGCCCUUUGGUCAACUUCAAUCGACACCCAGAUACGUGGGGCAGCUCUGAGAACAAAUCAACAUGGACUCCCAUGAGUCCAAACACGAAGAAACACGUCAAGUGGGCUCGUGGAACCCAGCUGGGGCUGCGUGCAGUUACUCUACUUGGUGCGCUGGCAUCGCUUUUCUUCUCCAUUGUCAUCAAGAAUGCUGCUGUGACUAUCAUUUGGAUUAUGAGGGCGGGCCCUAUCGUUGCCACUCUGCAUACGAUCUAUGGCAUCUAUCAUUUCUCGCGCUCCCCUGUCAACCGCCCUCCUGCUUCGCAAGCCAGUUACGGAAUUUUCGCCUCGACCCUUGACGCUGGGUUGAUCCCAUUCUACGUGUUUACUGCCUUUGUCGCCCACCAAGAAUAUACCCAAGAUGCGUACAACUGGAGUACCCUUUUGGAUAACAAGGUCGGCAUGAUCGUGCCAAUUGCCCAGGCAACUUUCAUUUGCGCUCUUGUCAAUGGGGGGAUUGCACCUCAUCUCGCUCGGCAAGACAACCUCACUGCCCGUCCUCGCAGAAGCCGCAAGGAUAUUGAUAUCGGCGAGAAGCACAUGAGCUCCUCCACCUUGAACUCCGAGGAUCCACUCAUUGGCUCUCCACGGACUGUGGCAUUCAUGCAUACGCGAGGUGACUCUGGUGAUUCAGCUUACCAGUCUGGUGGUUUUAUGAGUGAUAAACGCCAAUCACAGGUCUCUGUUCAGCCUCACCGUCUCUCGCACUUCGAGCCGUCAAGCCCCGAGAUGCUCUUCCAGCACCCUGCUAGCCAGCCAUAUGAUCUUAUCGCCAACGUGCCAGCUCCUGAGUAUGAUGUACCGGCGCCUGAGUAUCGGAAUGUUGCAAGGCACUCUGCAGAGGUCGUUAAUCCCGGUACUCAGAUGCGCCACAUGACAUCCCGCGCUGCCGACCGGUCAAACACCAUCAGCCCCCUCUCGGACAACUGGGUCGCCUACUCAGAGCGCACAGUGUCACCGAUGGAUGAAAACCAACAACAGAAUGACGAGAAUGCCCUUCGACAGUCUUCCUCAGUCUACAGCAGACGUACCAACUCGACUGCUACAUCCAACAACGGUGGCUUCCGGGACUGGUUCGCAUAUGGUCAGAAACCUGCUAGCAUUGGAAGCGUGAUCCCUGAAGAUACCCGAGGGGAGUAUGCUGAACUGGCAAUCCAUGAAUACUACGGCAACGAAGAGGACAAGGAGCAAGAUCUUGGUGAAACACGCUUCAACAUCUUCCCUGACCCCGAAGAGCACGACCAUGAUAAUCUAGACGAUGAGAACUCGAAGGAUCUCCCCUUCAACCCGCUCAUGCUGAACCCUCCAACCCCUCAACCCAUCCUUACCGAGAAGCCCGAGGACACCGACCCUGUCCGACGCUAUGCUCUGAGCGACAACCCGAAUCUUACAAACAACCAGUCAAAGGCCCCACAACAACCUGGAUCCACCGACUCCACCCCUACCAAGGGCCGCUUCUACGGAGAUCUCGAAGAGGAGGGUAUGCCUGGUGUAGACAUGUCCCGCAACAUCAGUAACCAACAGCCCAUGACCCGCCAGCCAACAAAGCUCAUCAAGAAGAAGAGCAAGAAGAUGUCCGCUUAUCAAUCUCUCAAGAAAGACGACAGCGGCGAUGAGGGCUACCUGAGCAGCCGCUCAGCGGCAAUGUCAGAGGGUGAUCGCAGGGGACGUGUCGUCAGCAACUCUGGUGCAGACACAGCCCGAGCUGGUAUUGGUGCUAGUGUUGGUGCCUCCUUAUCUUCCUAUGGUAGCUAUAUUGCCGGCCUGGGCGUCGGUCGUCGUCGUGACGUGAGUGGUAAAAUCGCCGAGGAGGGACGUGGCAGCCAGCCCAUCGAGGAGACUCCAAGUCCGAAUCAGCAACAGAGCCAAGGAGCUUCACCGACCCGGGCUGCCGGAUGGGCGAGAUUUGCCGGACUAUGA